GCUUCUCCUCAGCAUAAUAUGAAUAAAGACAAUACACUGUACUGUAGUGUUUACAUCAGAAAUGUCUUCUUCUCUGAGAUAGGCAUUGGGAUCUCAGCCAACAGCUGCCUUCUACUCUUCCACACCUUCAUGUUCAUUCGUGGGCACAGGGCCAGACUCACGGACUUGCCCAUUGGCUUUGUGGCCUUAAUACACCUAGUAAUGCUGCUACUUGCAGCAUAUAUAACAGAAGACUAUUUUAUGUCUUCAGGAGGAUGGGAUAUCAUCACAUGUAAACUAGUCAUUUUCUUGCACAGGUUUUUCAGGAGCCUCUCUGCUUGUGCCACUUGCCUCUUGAGUGUCUUCCAGGCCAUUAUCCUCUGCCCUCAAAGCUCUCACUUAGCAAAGUUCAAACACAAUUCCCCACAUCAGCUCUCAUAUUUCUUUAUUUUUCUGAGUAUCUUCUAUACAUCUAUCAGCAGCCAUAUUUUAAUAGCAGCUAUUGCCACACGAAAUGUCACCUUUGUUAAUCUUAUAUAUAUCACAAAUUCUUGUUAUUUUCUACCCCUGAGUUCAUCAAUACAACACACCUUUUCCACACUGUUGGCUUUCAGGAAUUUCUUCAUUAUUGGUCUCAUGGGCCUCUCGACUUGCUACAUGGCAACUCUUUUAUGCAGGCAUAAGACUCGGGCCCGGCGCCUUCAGAACUCAAACCUUUCUCCAAAAGCAACUCCAGAGCAACGAGCCCUCCGGACCAUUCUAAUGCUUAUGAGCUUCUUUCUGGUGAUGGCAACUUUUGACAGUAUCAUCUCCUACUCAAGAACUAUAUUACAGGGAAAUCCAUUGCCCUAUUGUGUCCAGAUUCUUGUAGCUCAUAGCUAUGCUGCUGUCAGUCCUCUUCUGGUUCUCAGUAAUGAAAAACGUAUAACUAACCUGUUGAUAUCCAUGUAUGAGAGGGUAGUAGUUUGA